AUGAAAACCCCCAAAGUCCAUAUAUAAGUUAUAUAAAACAAGUCUUAUAUUAGACCAACAUAUUCUUCCUUUCGCAGAAUUAGAUCAUGGUUUUCAUUAACAUAGCUUCAAAUCUAAUCUUGAAUUGAACAUGCUCUUUUACAAUUUCUAAAUUGUUAGAGAUACCAUUUUCUCUAUUCAAGUCAUAUUCCAUCUUCCUUUUUUUUUUUGUUUGUUUUUGUUUUUGUUUUUGUUUUUUAUUUGUUUCUAGUACUUUCCAACAACAAUAAACAAAAAAUCCUUUUGUACCUCCUUUUUAAUGAUCAACAUUAAAUCUCCUUUGAUAUUUCCAAUUUUUUCAUAAGAUGUCUCCCCUUCAAAAAACUUGAAUAUAAAUAGUAUCAUUAGUAUUACUAUUCCUUCGUUUGAACCUUCGAUUUUCUUCUUAUUCUUAACUCUUGAGUCUGUGUCUAUGUCAGUAUUUGUGCUAUUAUGUGUUCCGAACCAGAUUCUCCUCGUUUCUCUUUCUCUUAUGAUCUCUCUGAGUCUCAGCAAAAAGUUUCAACAAUGAAACAUGAUGUUUCUUGUAGAGACACAAAUGUUGAGUUUGAAUUCAGCACUAGCAGAAGCAUUGAGUUUGAAACAUCUUGUGCUGAUGAACUUUUCUCUAACGGAGUAAUACUUCCCAUGCAGAUAAAUCAAGACAAGAAAAACAACACCACAAAAUCUCAAAAUACAAAACUUCCACCUCGUCCAUGUUCUACUAAAAUAAAGAAAGAGAACAUCAUCAAAGAAGUUCAAGAAAUUACAAAUACUCAAACUAAUUCUUUUUGGGGAUUCAAAAGAAGCAAGAGUCUCAAUUGUAAUGAUACAAAGAAAAGUUUUACAUGUUUUUCGCCUCCUUUGUCGCGAAGCAAUUCGACCGGUUCAUCGCCGAAUCUAAAGAGAAUGAAUUCAAAUAGACAACAAUAUUAUUCAUCAUCAUGUUCUGUCUUAAAUUUGUAUCCUGUGCAAAAGUGUUGUUCAGGUAAGAGUUAUGUAAAUGGUUUUAGGAUUAGUCCUGUUUUGAAUAUACCAAAUCCUUCUUGCUUUUCUAAAGGAAGUGUAAGUUUAUUUGGGUUUGGUUCAUUUUUAGGUGUUGGAAAGGGUAAAAAGAAUAAUAAAUAUUGAUUUGUUCAAAUGAUACUACUAUAGAGAAUGUGAUGGAUUAUGGUUAAUCCUGGUUUGUCAAAAUCUUUGUUGUUUAUACUUAUCAAACUAGAAAGGUCAAUGAAGUUGAUUAUUAUUAUUAUUUUUGGAUAAAUAAAUUUUUACUAUUAAUAAUAAUGUCUAGUGAAAUGUAGCUUUGACCCAUUA